AACAAUUAUGACCCUUUUUUUUCCCUCUGCAUAUUUACCUCACCUUCCCCACUUUUCAACAUUUGUCAGCUUUCCCAUCAGCGUCAGAAGCCAUAAAUUAUUUCAAAGAGCCCAAAUUAAACCUGCUAUCACUGUUUAAAACCUGUGUCCUCCAUGCCUUUGUGCGGGACUUUCUGUUGGACUCGUUGUGGGUAACGAAAUAAAACCUCCCUGCCCUGAACUCCGAAUGAUCUUGUCAUGCAAAUAAAUCUCCUGAUUGCUUAAGACAGUGUAUAAACGGAUGUUCAUUUCCACAGCUCCCAGUCCACAAUGAGGGGCUUCAGACCGAGUGUACACAGCAGCAGAUUGAGUUAAAGUCUCCACGUGAGAGACGUUGGAUCGUCCCCAGACUCUGACAUCGUGAUCGUCCUUGUCGGAUUAAGCAACUCAAUCGGACUGAGUGGGAAAGAAGAGGGAGAGCGAGUGGACGAGAAGAAAGAGAACUCUGUUGGGGGGAGGCGGGGGGAUGGGAGGCAGCUCCACCCAUAAUUAAGUUACCCCCGCUGCGCUGAGGGUCCGUGUUUAUGGCACAGAGGAGGGAGUUUCCUUCACUCUGUGGACAAUCAGAGCAGAGGAGCGAGUUCUGGAACUCUCCUCCGGCUCUGGCUCUUCCUGCGGCUCAUCGCCCCUCACUCCGCCGCGACUGACUGACCCGCAGCACCGGCAGCCUGAAGGAGAGGUGGAGGGAAGAAGAAGAAGGAGCAGUUUGUAGUGGCACCUGCCCAAGCCUCCAUCCCCGGUUUCCUCUGCUGCAUCGGCUGCCACCAUGUGCGACUGUUUCCACCUGGCGCUCCCCAACUGGCACGCUGCCCCCUCUGGGACGGCAGGGAGAAGACUGCGAGCGCCAGAACCUGCCACACAGGACGAUUCAAUAUGUGAGGAGCCGACUCAGUUUGCAGAGGGGGAGAGACCCCGGCCACAAGGAUCGUCUCCGGUCCAGGAGUAUCCUGAGGCGGCAAAAUACGCUGACAAAGAGUGCGAAGAACAUGAUGCAGACCACAAAGCUGGGAGUGGACACAAAGGUAAAAAGUCUGGCCUCGGCUCCAUCUUCGAGAGGACCUCCACUCCAAAAAUGAGUAAAUUAAAGGAAGCUCCCAGUCCUGAAGGUGGCGUUAUAGUGAACACAGCCCAAGAUGGAUGUGCAGAGGGUCUGGUUUAUGGCGGAGGAGGGAAAGAGGGGAUCUUUAUCAAGAAAGUAGUUCCAGAGUCACCAGCUUCAAAAAGCUUAAAAGUCAAAGAAGGAGAUCAGAUUCUGAGCGCCACAGUGUAUUUUGACAACAUGUCAUAUGAGGACGCCAUUCAGAUUCUGGAGCAUGCUCAGGCUUACAAGUUGAAGCUUUGCCUGAAACGCCAACCGGACUUCACAGAGACGGAACCAACCAUCGAUUCAGACGUUAUUCCUGAGGAAGAAGUCAGUUCCACAGAGAUGAGGGAGCAAGGAAAAACCAGAAGGCGUGGCGAUGCUCGCAUCUCGUGGCCAAAGUUUCCCUCCUUUGGAAAAGGACGUAAAUCUCGUUUCACAAGGUCUCACAGUUCGUCAGAAGCAGAUGAGCAAAGAAAACUUGAGCUUAGUCCUACAACAAGUGACACAGAGUCACCUAUAAAAUCUCAGGAUGCCCUGAAAGGAAAGAAGAAGCAUAAAAUAAAACUCUCUGGCCUAAAGAGAAGAGGCCGCAUAAGUUCAUCUGAAGACCAGGACACGGAUGUGCCAACAUCUGGGCAGAUGAGUAGUGACGUUCAGCAGAAGCAGGAAUCAGACACUCUUUCACCCGAGUUCCCUGAAUACCCCAUAGCAGAAACACCAGAGAUCAAUGAACAGGCAGGGGAAGCUAUGGAGUCUGACCCGGUUCAACACAAGGUGGAGCUCGUCAGUGUAGACGCUACUUUGAAAACCACAGAUCAAACCGUAGUGUUGGGCGAUGAGGAAGGCCAGUCUGGAGCUCCAAAAUCCCCAGACGAGAAAAAAAAGAAGAAAGAGAGGUCAGAAUUAAAAAUGAAGAUCCUAGGGAAGGAUAAAUCGCACAAAAAAGACGCCAAAGCAAAAUCCUCUCCCAAAAGGCUUAAGACUCUCGGAGCAAGUGUUGACACCGAAGAUCUUCCCGAAGCAGGAAAAUCUGCUGCUAUCUCAAGCUCUGAGUCAAAAACUAGAUUGAUGGGAGAUCAGUCUACGGUCGGCAUAGAUAACAAAAGCCAAGGUGGAGAGAGUUCAAAGCUAAUCUCAUCCAAAUUCAUUACAUCGCAGAUAAUUUUACCAAAGGUGGAACUUGACAUAUCAUUGAGAAAAUCUCCCAAGAAAGGCGAUGACAAAACACAGAAAGGAAAGGAGACGAAACAGAAGCAAUCCAAAAAGUCCAGUCCAAAAGAUAAGCAACUUGAAUUAGACAUGAGCAAUGUUGCUAAUGCAGAAGAAAUGCAAACGGUGAACGAUCAAGAACCCACAACUACAACUGGCCGCGUUUCCACAACCCAACUUCCCAAACGUGAAGACAUCGAGAUUCCAGGAAUGGAGGACAUGUCUGUGAAAACCACCGUGGCUGAUUAUAAAAAGCGCAACAAAGAAAGCCAGGCUGAAACAGUGCAAAUGUCAAUUGAUGUUCAUAGUGUGAAAGAAGCUGUUUCUAAAUUACCUGGAUUUAAGCUGCCUCAGCUGGAUAUAUCUGGGGUGCCUAUCCCAGAAGAAAUAACUGUCAUAGAUGCUAACGCACAAAGAAUAUCUGUAAAAACGCCCACCAAAGUCGCAAAACCAAAACAAGAAGAACAUCUGACAAGGUCUGACACAACGGCAUCUUCAGAAAUCUCCAAAACGAUCUUUUUAACUGACAACAGGUUUGAUUUUAAGAAAUCUCAAAUGGAAGACGCUACCAGCCCAACAAAGUGCAAAAGUGAAGAGGAAGCUAAAGAAAAAGAAUUUGAUACAACAAACGGAAAAGCAGCAACAAAAGAAGAGCUGAAGACAUCCACUAGGCCAAAGAUAACAAUGCCAAGCUUUGGGAUGUCAGCAAAAAGCAGAAGACUGCCUUAUAUUGGGAUUGACAUGCAGAAACCAAGCUUCAUUCAGGAAAAAGAGCUAGAGCUAACAACAGAAACAAGGAAAGAUGAAAGACAAACUGGAGAAGUCAUAUGUAAAGUCAAAAUACCUGAACUUGAUGGUAUUGAGUACAUAGACUCAAUGGACGAGUCAGUCAAAAAGGAUGGUGUCUUGACAAAUUUUAAUGUAAGUACUGACACAAAGACAAUACUUGCCAUUUCUUUAGAAAGUAAAGAAACAUCUGAUAAACCCGAAGAUGAAAGGAAUAAGCUGUCCAAAGUUAGAAUAUCUCCUUCGGGCAAACCCAGUGGAAAAGAGGAUAUCUCUGAUGAAGGGAUGACAAAACCUCUAGACAGAGAUGGAAAGAGUACAUUUAAAUGGCCAAACCUGGACAUCUCAGUGCCAAAAAUAAAAGGAACAACAGUUGAUAUUAACACAUCUAAGAAAGACGCAGCUCACACAGUAGCACAGGCUGAAGGAGGGCAAAUUCCAGGAGGCCCAGAGAGCGAUACAGUCCUCAAGAGCUCAGAUGUUCCUAAAGAAAUGGCAGAGGCAGAAAACCCUCAAGUGGAAAUAAAGCCAACUGAAACUGAAGGCGAGUUUGAUUGGGAAGCAAGCAAAUGUACAAAGUUUGGAAUUAAAACGCCAAAAAUCAAAGGCCCAGAAUUUGACUUGAGUUUGUCAAAGAAAGAGGCACAUGGCAAAGCUGCAGGUAAACUCCCAGAAGCAUCUAAAGCAGAAGUUUCUCCUGGGAAGGGAAAUGUAUAUUUUCUAAAGCAAAAGAUGCAGUUAGAGAAACCUGGAGAAGUUAAACCUUUGCAGUCCAAGGGUGAACACGUACAAGGAGGCAAAAUCAAAAUCCCAAAGUUUGGAGUCAAAACAACAAAAUUAGCAGGUCCUGAGAUAAGCUUGUCAAAGAAAGAUGCAGAGGUAACCCUGCCAGAGGCUAAACCUGAGAUCAAACUCACAGGAACAGGUACAGGAACAGAUGUGAACAAAGAUAGUGUUAGAUCAGAAGAACAGAAAGGAAUGGAAAAGUCUGAUGUGAAAAUCAAAACACUGCAGAAGGAAGGUGAAGCGAAAGGACACGGACACAAGAUCAAAAUGCCCCAGUUGGGAAUUGCACUGCCAAAAGUUACAACGCAUGAGUCAGAUUUAAGCCUAUCGAAGAAAGGUAAAGAUCUGACACUGCCUGAAGUUAAAGGAAAAAUCAAAGAUCUUGAUAUUGAAGGAACUGGAUCAUCAACAAAACUAGAUGUUAGAGCUCCUGGAAUUAAAGUUGAAACAAAGGAUGUUGAAGGAUCGUUGUCAAAAUUCAAAAUGUCCCCUUUUAAAAUUUCCAGAUUUGGAGCUGCUACUCCAAACCUCAGCGGUGAGGUAAGUGAAGCUUCUGAAACACACACAUUGGAAGAUGGGCCUGGUACUGAUGUUACCAUACCAGACAGUGAUGUAAAAAUUAAAGCAUCUGAAAUUGAUGGAAGAGCAAGUAAGUUCAAAAUUCCAAAAUUUGGAAUAUCACUCCCGAAACUAAAAGGUUCUGAAACGGAUACAACCCAAUCCCAAAAGGCUAAUGUAGAUGUCACAUUGUUUAAAGGUGACACUGAAAUAAAACUCACUGAUGCUGAGCAUGAAGAACCUGGUAUCAGGCUGAAGGGCAAAUUUCCCCAGAUUGGAGUUCAGCAAGAUGUUGAGUACUCAGCAUCAAAACCUGAAAUACCAGUACCAUUUUCUGAUGCUAAAGCAGAAGUCAAGCUGUUGCAAGUUGAUGGAGAAAAAAUCAACUUUUCAUCUCCUGUGGUCCUUAAUGAGACACCAGAGCUGGAGAUCCCGACCACGAAGGCUGAGCAUCACCUUGCCGGACAAGAAGAAAAGAUGAAGCUGUCAAAGAUUGGAAUAAAAAUGCCCAAAAUUAAAGGACCGGAAUUUCAACUUGGACUCUCAAGUAAAGACACAGAUGUCAUGGAGACAGAAGGCAAAGUGGACAAUAAAACUAAGGUAGAAGUCCCAGUUCCCACAGAUGUUAGUCUGGGAAAAGCAGAAAUCUUGAUAUCUUCUGGAAAAGUGGAAGUUGGAAAACCAGAAGUGCAAACUCAACCUACAGUUGAAGGACAAGGAGGCAAGUUCAAAAUGCCAAAGUUUGGAAUCACAAUGCCAAAAGUCAAAGGACCUGAAGCAAAGAAGGAGGUAGAGAUGAAACUUACUGAGACCAAGACUGACAUAAAAAUACCUGAUGCUAAUUUUGAGGCACCAGAUGUGGAACAGUCACCAUCAAAAUUUAAUAUGCCAACUUUUAAAUUACCAAAAUUAGGACUGGGCACUUCAGACAAAAAUGUAGAAGGAGAUGACAUUGAUAAGGACAUUCCUGAUGAGGUUCUUGCAGUUACCAUUGUUGCACCUAGCUCUGACCUCUCAAAUAUUGAUGUUGAUACACAUCUUUUUGAAAGCAAAACUGAAGUUGCACUUUCGAGUGAUGAUGUGAACAAAUACUCCAUUGAAGUGGAAGCUACAGCUCCACAAAUCAAAGUGCCAAAAAAAGAAAAAGAAGGGUCACCAUCCAAGUUUAAGAUGCCGACAUUCAAGUUACCAAAAUUUGGGCUUUCUGUACAAAGUUCUACUGAAAAAGAGCCUCCCCUGGACAAAGAUCUCAAAACAGGACAAGGUCAAAUUACAACUUCUGGAGAGAUUCUUUCAACAAGUCUAGAAGCGCCAAGAAUUGACGUUAAGGCUCCAUCAGUAGCUUUAAAAACUACAGGAACUGAGAGUGAAGGAAGAGGAAGAAAGUUUAAACUGCCAAGUCUUGGUUUUUCGGCAUCGCAAACCAAAGGUCCUGAUACUGACAUUACAUUACCAACAACAGAAGUUGACAUUACAUUACCAACAACAGAAGUUGAUGUAACAGCACCAGAAGUCAAAGCAGAAAUCCAACUCCCUGAAGAAAAGUUUAACAAAUCUUUUGAAGUGGAAGCUAAAGCUCCAGAAUUUAAAGGUACAAGAAAGGAAACAGAAGGGUCACCAUCCAAGUUUAAGAUGCCGACAUUCAAGAUGCCAAAAUUUGGGCUUUCUGGUCAGAGUUCCACUGCAGAAGUCCCUCCUUUGGACAAAGACCUCAAAACAGGAGAAGGUGAAAUUACCACUUCUGGAGAGAUUCUCGUAGGAAGACUAGAAGCGCCAAGAAUUGACGUUAAGGCUCCAUCAGUAGCUUUAGAAAUUACAGGAACUGAGAGUGAAGGAAGAGGAAGAAAGUUUAAACUGCCAAGUCUUGGUUUUUCGGCAUCGCAAACCAAAGGUCCUCAUACUGACAUUAUCUUACGAACAACAGAUGUUGACAUUAGCUUACCAACAACAGAUGUUGACAUUAGCUUACCAACAACAGAUGUUGACAUUAGCUUACCAACAACAGAUGUACAUGUUACAGCACCAGAAGUCAAAGCAGAAAUCCAACUCCCUGAAGAAAAGUUUAACAAAUCCUUUGAAGUGGAAGCUAAAGCUCCAGAAUUUAAAAGUACACGAAAGGAAACAGAAGGGUCACCAUCCAAGUUUAAGAUGCCGACAUUCAAGAUGCCAAAAUUUGGGCUUUCUAGUCAGAGUUCCACAGCAGAAGUCCCUCCUUUGGACAAAGAUCUCAAAACAGGAGAAGGUGAAAUUACCACUUCUGGAGAGAUUCUCGUAGGAAGUCUAGAAGCGCCAAGAAUUGACGUUAAGGCUCCAUCAGUAGCGUUAGAAACUACAGGAACUGAGAGUGAAGGAAGAGGAAGAAAGUUUAAACUGCCAAGUCUUGGUUUUUCGGCAUCGCAAACCAAAGGUCCUGAUACUGACAUUAUCUUACCAACAACAGAAGUUGACAUUAACUUACCAACAACAGAAGUUGAUGUAACAGCACCAGAAGUCAAAGCAGAAAUCCAACUCCCUGAAGAAAAGUUUAACAAAUCUUUUGAAGUGGAAGCUAAAGCUCCAGAAUUUAAAGGUACAAGAAAGGAAACAGAAGGGUCACCAUCCAAGUUUAAGAUGCCGACAUUCAAGAUGCCAAAAUUUGGGCUUUCUGGUCAGAGUUCCACAGCAGAACUGCCUUCUUUGGACAAAGAUCUCAAAACAGGAGAAGGUGAAAUUACCACUUCUGGAGAGAUUCUCGUAGGAAGUCUAGAAGCGCCAAGAAUUGACGUUAAGGCUCCAUCAGUAGCGUUAGAAACUACAGGAACUGAGAGUGAAGGAAGAGGAAGAAAGUUUAAACUGCCAAGUCUUGGUUUUUCGGCAUCGCAAACCAAAGGUCCUGAUACUGACAUUAUCUUACCAACAACAGAAGUUGACAUUAGCUUACCAUCAACAGAAGUUGAUGUAACAGCACCAGAAGUCAAAGCAGAAAUCCAACUCCCUGAAGAAAAGUUUAACAAAUCCUUUGAAGUGGAAGCUAAAGCUCCAGAAUUUAAAAGUACACGAAAGGAAACAGAAGGGUCACCAUCCAAGUUUAAGAUGCCGACAUUCAAGAUGCCAAAAUUUGGGCUUUCUAGUCAGAGUUCCACAGCAGAAGUCCCUCCUUUGGACAAAGAUCUCAAAACAGGAGAAGGUGAAAUUACCACUUCUGGAGAGAUUCUCGUAGGAAGUCUAGAAGCGCCAAGAAUUGACGUUAAGGCUCCAUCAGUAGCGUUAGAAACUACAGGAACUGAGAGUGAAGGAAGAGGAAGAAAGUUUAAACUGCCAAGUCUUGGUUUUUCGGCAUCGCAAACCAAAGGUCCUGAUACUGACAUUAUCUUACCAACAACAGAAGUUGACAUUAGCUUACCAACAACAGAAGUUGAUGUAACAGCACCAGAAGUCAAAGCAGAAAUCCAACUCCCUGAAGAAAAGUUUAACAAAUCUUUUGAAGUGGAAGCUAAAGCUCCAGAAUUUAAAGGUACAAGAAAGGAAACAGAAGGGUCACCAUCCAAGUUUAAGAUGCCGACAUUCAAGAUGCCAAAAUUUGGGCUUUCUGGUCAGAGUUCCACAGCAGAACUGCCUUCUUUGGACAAAGAUCUCAAAACAGGAGAAGGUGAAAUUACCACUUCUGGAGAGAUUCUCGUAGGAAGUCUAGAAGCGCCAAGAAUUGACGUUAAGGCUCCAUCAGUAGCGUUAGAAACUACAGGAACUGAGAGUGAAGGAAGAGGAAGAAAGUUUAAACUGCCAAGUCUUGGUUUUUCGGCAUCGCAAACCAAAGGUCCUGAUACUGACAUUAUCUUACCAACAACAGAAGUUGACAUUAGCUUACCAACAACAGAAGUUGAUGUAACAGCACCAGAAGUCAAAGCAGAAAUCCAACUCCCUGAAGAAAAGUUUAACAAAUCUUUUGAAGUGGAAGCUAAAGCUCCAGAAUUUAAAGGUACAAGAAAGGAAACAGAAGGGUCACCAUCCAAGUUUAAGAUGCCGACAUUCAAGAUGCCAAAAUUUGGGCUUUCUGGUCAGAGUUCCACAGCAGAACUGCCUUCUUUGGACAAAGAUCUCAAAACAGGAGAAGGUGAAAUUACCACUUCUGGAGAGAUUCUCGUAGGAAGUCUAGAAGCGCCAAGAAUUGACGUUAAGGCUCCAUCAGUAGCGUUAGAAACUACAGGAACUGAGAGUGAAGGAAGAGGAAGAAAGUUUAAACUGCCAAGUCUUGGUUUUUCGGCAUCGCAAACCAAAGGUCCUGAUACUGACAUUAGCUUACCAACAACAGAUGUUGACAUUAGCUUACCAGCAACAGAUGUACAUGUUACAGCACCAGAAGUCAAAGCAGAAAUCCAAAUCCCUGAAGAAAAGCUUAGCAAGUCCUUUGAAGUGGAAGCUAAGGCCCCAGAAUUCAAAGGUACAAGAAAGGAAACAGAAGGGUCACCAUCCAAGUUUAAGAUGCCGACAUUCAAGAUGCCAAAAUUUGGGCUUUCUGGUCAGAGUUUCACAGCAGAAGUGCCUCCUUUGGACAAAGAUCUCAAGAUACCUGGAGGAGAAAUGACAAUGUCAGAGGAGGUCAUUGUAGUUAGCACAGAAGAACCAAGUGUUGAAAUUGGGGAUUUAUCCAUAGAGUCAAAAAAAGAGGGAAGUGAACGUGAGGGAAAAGGAAAAAGGUUUAAGUUGCCAAGUCUUGGAUUUUCUGCUAUACAGGCCAAAGUGCCAGACACAGAUUUUAGCUUGAAGACAGGUGUAGAUGUUACACAACCAGAAAUCAAAGCUGAAGUCAAAUUUCCUGACAAUGAACUGAAAAGAAUUGAAACAGAAAUAGAAACUAAAGCACCUGAAUUUCAAGUCAAAGCAAAGGACAUUGAAGGAUCAACAUCCAAGUUUAAAAUGCCAACUUUUAAAUUACCCAAAUUUGGGCUUGCCACUCAAAGUUCCACUGAAGAAGUACCCUCUUUUGACAAAGAUGUCAAAAUCGGUGGAGGUGAAACCACAGGCUUAGAGGAGGUACUUACAGUUACCACAGAAGGACCAAGCGUUGAAAUUAAGGGAACAUCAGUAGAUUUAAGGACUGAAGGAAGUGAUCUUGAAGGAAAAGGAAGGAAGUUCAAACUGCCAAGUCUGAGUUUUUCAGUACCUCAAGCCAAAGAGCCAGAGACUGAUUUGAGCUUAAGGACAGAUGUAGAUGUUAAAGUACCAGAGGUAAAAGCUGAAAUCAAACUUCCAAGCAACAAAUCUGUUGAAGUGGAAACUAAAACACUUGAAACCAAAGAUACAAAAAAGUCUACAGAAGGAUCACCCUCAAAGUUUAAAAUGCCAAAUUUCAAGUUACCAAAAUUUGGGCUUGCUACUCAAACUUCCACUGGAGAAGUACCUCCAUUAGACGAAGAUGUAAAACCAGUUAAAGGUAAAAUCACAACUUCAGAAGAGGUUAUUGUAGUUACUACAGAAGCACCAACCAUUGAAAUAAAGGGUCCAUUAUUAGAGCUAAAAACUGAAGGAAUUGAUCGUGAAGAAAAAGGAAAAAAGUUUAAGUUGCCAAGUCUAGGUUUUUCUGCGUCAGAGGCCAAAGGGACUGGCAGUGAUUUAGGGUUGUCAAAGACAGAAGUAGAUGUUACAUUGCCAGAAGUAAAAGCUGAAGUAAAACUCCCUGAUGACGAGAACCUGAUAAAAACAUCUACUGCAAUAGAGAUUAAAGGACCUGAAAUCAAAACAGUGACCAAGGACACUGAUGGUUCACCAUCCAAGUUUAAAAUGCCUGCAUUCAAGUUACCAAAAUUUGGGCUUACUACUCAAAGCUCUACGGAAGAAGGUUCUCCUUUGGAGAAAGAUGAGGAAGAUGGUGAACCUAAAAACACUGUCACUGCAAUAGAAACUAAAACGCCUGAAAUAACGGUUGUGUCAAAGGACACUGAUGGAUCGCCAUCCAAAUUUAAAAUGCCAACAUUCAAGUUGCCAAAAUUUGGCCUUGCUACCCAAAGUUCAAACAAACAAGUACAAGAUGUCAAAACAGUGAGAGGUGAAAGUACUACUUUGGAGGAAGUUCUCACAGUUACAACAGAAGAACCAAGCAUUAAAAUUAAGGGUCCAUCUGUGGAUCUAAGGAGUUCAGAAACUGAUGAUGAAAGAAAAGGAAGCAAAUUUAAACUUCCAAGUCUUGGUUUUUCAUUAUCACAAUCCAAAGGACCGGAUACCAACAUCAGCUUACCCAAGGCAGAUGUAGAUGUCACAGCACCAGAAGUCAAAGCUGAAGUUCAAUUUUCCAGUGCAAAAGUGGAACAACCUUCAGUGCAAAUGGACGUUAAGUCUCCAGAGAUCAAAGCUGAUAUCAACACUACAUCAGAAGUUAAAAUGCCUAAAAUUACAUUACCUACAUUUGGAGCCGUAACCCCACAUGUCAGUAUGGAAAUACCUAAAAUGACCAAAGAGAAAAGGGGUGAUGUGGACCUUCAUGUUGAUACUGAUCCAGUAGAUUUGAAUGUUAAAGAAGGGGAACUAAAGAAAUACGAAGUCCAGUCACCAAAUGCUGAGGCAAAAGGCGAAGAUGUACCUACAGUUGAACUUGAAGGUAAAGUAAAACGACUAAAUUGGACUUUUCCUAGCAUCUCAUUUUCAAGAACUGGUGGUAAAGCCCCUGACGUUGAUGUCAACAUGGAAACUCCUAAAGCUGGUGUUACGUCAAUGGAGACCAAAAUCUCAGAUGUUGACAUUAAAGAAUCUUCUGCAGUAGAAGCAACCCCAGGUCCAGAACUUGACCCAGGCUUAAAGAAAAGUAAGUUUUCACUUCCCAAGUUUUCAUUUUCAAAGCCGAGCUUGAAAGAGCCUGAAGUAAAAGCUGAGCUUCCAGAUCACGGAAUAGAAGUCGAAAAUUAUGAAACCGAUAUGACAACAGAGAUCAAACUCUCUGCAGAUGAAGACAAAAACGUCCUAACUGCUUUUGAAAUGACAACUUCUGAGGCUGAAGUCAAGUCCAAAACAUUUAAAAUGCCAACUCUGAAAAUGCCAAGAUUUGGCAGUGUGUCUUAUGACGUAACAACAGAGACGCACAUCUCUGAUAAAACAGCUGAAGAUGAUGGAAGUCAGUUGGGAGAGGGUGCUGCUGUUAUCAUCAAAGGUCCAAAGACUGAUUUUAAAUCAGAUGCCCGCAAAUCAGAACAACAGGAUCAAGAAACCCUAAACACAGAAAGUGAUAGUGUGGUUCAAGGAUCUCCAAGUAAAUUCAAACUACCUACCUUUAAAAUGCCACAACUGGGUCUUUCAAGAUCCAAACUUGAAGAUGAAUCCGUUCACUUUGAGUAUGAAAAUAGUGAAGAUCAACUGGAAAUGAAGACUGCGCCAAAAGAAGAUCUAUCACAAAAACUGACUUUAACAUCAUUUGGUGACAUUCUUAAGUCGAUUGAUGUUGACUUUGACGUUCGAAAAGUGGACAAAGUUGAUCUAGACGUUGAAACCUCAAAGCAAUCUCAUGAACCAGGUGAAGCCACCACAAAGCACACAUCGGCAAAAACCAAGCACGAUACCACCAAAAGUCCGGAGAGCUCGAGCUGGUUUAAAUUCCCAAAGUUUGGCCUGUCGUCCCCAACAGAACAACAAAAGAUUCCUGACAAAGCAGAACAAGUAAAAGAUAGCAGCCCAGUAGGGGAAACCAAGGACGAGGAAGUAAGUCCCACCCUUUCUGUCCAGUCAUCAGAUGCUUUUGCUGAUGUAAGCUCUACGAUCACAAGUGAGCCUGUUGACCCAUUCAUACCUUCCCCAACCAAGGUGACGAUCAAAUACUCUGACGAAAGUGCAGGUGCUGGAUUUGAAGAGAUGCACAGUAACAUCAUGACUUCCACCACGAGGACUGAGCUGAUCACAGAUGUGCCCACCUUGCCGGAGAAGGUCACUAUUUUGUCUUCUGGUGUUUCAUCUUCUUCUGAAGAUACAGUAAGACUAAUGUCAGGAAAAAUACACAUCAUUACAUCAAACAUACAGCCUACUCCUGAGUCACAGCAUGCCAAGAUUCUGUCUGCUGUCCAAGUCCAAUCAGGGGAAGGCUUUGCUUUACAAUCGGAGGGAGAUGACGCUCCAUUGUGGACGGUCCAAGAUGCUCAAAGUGCCACAAGGACAGUCAAACACUUAGUCCAAGAAACAACAACUGAAAGAAGUGAGAACAAGGAGACUGUGGUUAUAACCAAACAAAUCACCCAUAUAUUUGGCCCCACAGAGCCCAUCUCAGGGGAGACAGCGUCAUCUAUUCAACGUCUCAAAGACUCUGUGCACACUGAGAAAAUGAGGUUCUUUGAUGAGGCUGAGAAGUGAAAAAAGAAUUUGAAUUCGUGCUUAAAGAUACAACUCCUUGUUAUGGUUUGCCAUAAAAGAAGGGCAUAGAGUUUCACCGCCUGAAGUUAAAAACAAAAUGGCAACUGGAUGAGGGACCAAUCUAACAUACCAAUCACUGAAAGUUCUUUGUUAGCAUCCAGGUAUCACCAUGGCAAUGUGAUGUGGAGUUGCAUGCUUAUUGAGCUUUAUAGAAAUGCACCGCUGUAGCAAAUGACUGUUACAUUUAUAUUGUGGUCAAGAUGUUAAUAAGCUGGUUAAAUGAUUCUCCUCAUUGCAUAAUAUAUGUUUGCUUUAUAGCAAACAAUGUUUGAGUUAUGCUAGCAUACACAGUGCCUUGCAAAAGUAUUGAUACCCCAUACAUCAUCACAUUUUAUCACAUUAGAACUACAGCAUUCAUGAAGUUUCAUGGGGAUUUUGGAUCCCAAAAUGGUGGGAAAACACCGUAUGGUAUUUAAAUUAAGUGAAUAUUACCAAUAUUCUUGAAGAAAAAUCUGGAAAAUGUGAUAUGUGUGUAAAGACACACCCCUCACUAAGUUCUCAAUAGAUACUAGAAUUACGUUUGACUGCAAAUCCCAAGGGUGCAUUUCUGGAGGCUUUCUAUAUCUAGACAUAGGGAAUGUUUCACAUUGAUCUGUGAACCUUAACCUUUAACCCUUGCCACAAAUUCUUAUUUGGGCUGUCCUCCCUGAAGAAUAGCAUCCCCACAGCAUGAUUAUCCCAGCACCAUUAAAGGGGCAGUAUUAUGUAAAAUAAACUUUUUUGAGCUUUACAUCGCGUUAUAAUGUUAUCCCUCAUCAAAAAAAUGCCUGGAGUGUUGGCUUGACAAAUUAAGCUCCAUGGCAACCACUCCUGGGGGAACCUAGUGCCACCUUUAAGAUGCAGCUCCUCCUAUGAGAUCAGCUCCUUCAGACUAGUCAGCAGCAAUUAGCAAACACCUGGAGGAACUGCACAUCAGCUGGGCUCAUAAUAGUAGCUGCUUCUCAGUGAAAUGCUGGUAAACAACAACAACAAAAAAGUUAAAGGGUUAAUAGAGGAGCCAUGUUGUGAUGGCUUCCUGAAGGUGCAGUUUCAGAAAGAGCAGGAGAUUUUAAAGAGACAGGGUCCCAAUUUCAAAUUUCAAUAUAUAGUAUUUUUUAAUAAUUGAAGUUAACGUAGUUGAUUAUGUUCAGUUGAUUAUGCCAUGAAAUGGCACAUAUGCCCCUUUAAGCAGAAUUUAAUUAUUACCACUACUUGAGUUUCAAUACAGCUUUCCCGUUCUCUUAAAUUUUAAAUAUGUGAAACAUAUUAACUUUUAAUUAAUGUAUUAUGAAGUCAUCAAAUCAAAGUUUAUAGGAUUGCUAUUCUCAAUAAAAUCUAAAAAUCUUACAUUUCUGGUGUGUGUUAAGAUUGAAACAUUAUGGAGGCUCCUAAAGGUUUGCCUGCCCAUUAGGCUGUUCCUCUGAAUAGUACAAACAUUUUUGUUUGGGGAAAAAAAAAAAAAAAAGUUGUAAAAAUGCAUUUUUUCCCCUCCCACUUUACUUCACUCCUACUUUGCGUUAGUCACAUCACAACCAAACAAUAUGUUGAGAUUUUAUAAAAAACAACUUUGAGGGUUCUGAAUUUUUGUUCUAAGACUUGUUGUUCUGUCAGUGUGUGCUUUUAAAAUCUGUUCAAGUCACUUUGCAUAAUUACUUCACAGGUCGAUGACCAGAGCAUUCAGUAAAAAAAAAAGAAGAGAGCGAGACAACGUUGCUGAUAUUCCAGAGUAUGUUCACAGCUAGCGCUUUAAGCAGAAAAAUAUUUACAGCAAAGAAAACUAUAUACAAGUUAAAAAAAAAGCAAAUGUACAGGAAAUAUCUAUAUACUGUGGCUACAGUGGAUGUGUAAAGAAACAAUACCAUUGCAAGGCUGAAGUGAAAUGUUUCUUGUAAACUCUUAAAGUGCCCUGCUGCAAUUACACUUGUAACAACUCACUGUGCAGAAGCUACUUUGCUACGAUGUGCACUAAAACUAUUAAGUAUAUCUUCCUUUAGGAGAAGAAUUACUGACCCAGCCAUGUAAAUAGCUUUUGGAAACCAUGUUAUUUUUUUGGUCACUGCCCUUGUUUUUAUCCUGAUAGGCUAUAAUAUAACUGAAUGUAUUUACAAAGUCAUACGCAAUAAAUAAUAUAAAAAUGAA